GAUGCAGGCACAGCUGAAUUCUUUCCCCGAGCAGGUGGACAUAGUGCAGUGGAGCGCUCUCUUCAAUUCGCUCACUGACAAGAGCCCGUCAGACCCAGUGCCCAGCCUCGACUCGAAACGGGAAACGGUCAGGGAGGCCCUUGGCAAACUGUGUCAGCUGCCGGACAAGCAUGAAGCCUUGGGGACCCGCAUCAGCCUGCUGGAGAGUGAGCUCAAGCAGCAAGCGGAUCACCUAGCCAAACUUGGGAUCUCAGAUGACGUAGCCGCAGAUUUGGAGAGAAUGAAAGACGAAAUAAGCAGCCUGCAAAGCAAAGAAGACAAGGGGAAGGAGUUUCGGAGGGACUUGCUGGCCCAGGUGCAGAAGCUGAAGGAGCAAUACGAGAAGCUGCAGAAAGGCUCGGAGAGGCUGCUGAGUAGCAUGGGGGAUUUCCAGAACCUGCGGGCGAUGGUUCAGCAGCUGGACCUGAAUAAAGCAGACAAAGCCCUGCUGGAGCAGGAGAUGAAUGUGAAAGCAGACAAGAGUGCGCUGGAGGCCAUGGUGAACCACAGGGAGCUGCAAAGCGCCACCACUCAACUGAGCGAGAUGAUGCAGGAUCUGUUGCAGAAGAUGUCCCUGCAAGACAAGGAUUGGCAGAAGGCGCUGGAGAAGCUGUUCAGUGACAUGGACUCCAAGUUGGACCACAUGGCCCUGGACCCUCUGCAGAAGCAGCUGGAGGAAGUGUGGAAGUUCAUUAAGAAGUAUUUGAGUGAGGGCCCCCGUUUUGAUGCUGACAGUGCCGCUGGCUUUAAAAGGCAGCUCUUUGAACGAGUGAAAUGCAUUUCCUGUGACAGACCCGUGGCUAUGAUGACUGGGCCGCACCUGGUGACCGUCCGAAAAGCAAAUCUGCUCUCCCGACCACGUCCGGCUAGUGCCAACGGUUAUGAGUACCUGGCACUUCAGCAGCGAGCAAGGGAGCAAGCUUUAGAGGGCAAUGACGGGCAUGAAAUGACUAGCCGUGGGCAGCUCUCCUCCCAGCAGUGCUGGCAAUGCCAGGCACAUGCUGCCUACCCUGUCAAGCGAUUGUCCAAGGUGAAGGCUCUUACCACCAUGUACCCCUACGGAGACCCCACAGUCCUCACCUACGAUAACAGCGAAGUGGAUAUCCUGGGCAUCAACGGAGUUCUCUACAAGGGCAGGGUGAGCUCACAGCCGGCAAAUCGGAGUGUCUCUCUGGAGAAGGAGUUCUCAGGAGCAAAGAUCCCCCGGCCACCCUCCAAACAUGGGAUGGAAAGGACGCGCUCUGCCACCUCCUAUGGCAGCCACUAUGUGUCACCCUAUGCAUCCUCUGUCGUCCGGACAAGGGCCACGUCCGCAGGGAGCAAGUCGCAGCCUGCCCAGGAGCUGCCGGCCUGCAUGGUGCGGGUGAAGACCGAACUCCCCCCAGGGCAGCUGCCAAGUGAGGGGGGGGUGGCCGGCCUGUGAGCCACAAGGGACUGUGGCAGCUCCACAGGCCCCGCCCCCAUCCCUUCCUUUACCCACCAUUCCUUGUGUAAAUACUGUGCUAUGUUGCUGCGCAGGACGGCCAUUGCCAGGCGUUCCUGCUGCACAUGGUCGUUGGACGGCACCGCCAGCAGCUCUCCCUUACAACCGGGCCAACGAGAGGGAUUUCUUACUGGGCAGGGCACGCUCCAUGCAGUGGGGACUCACCAUCCAUCAGCUUCACCAGGAGCUCUAUUGGGGGCAGGAUGGGGGCUGGGAGGGCUGCCCCUGGCGGCAAGUGUCACCUCGUUAUAAACCAGUCGCCCCCCCCCGACCAACCAGCUAAUCUCUGCAUUAACACAGAGUCACAGCCAGGAUCCACGAGGCACAGCGGGACCCCUGGGGCAGAGCUGAGCCAACCGCCCUACCAGCAGGAUUCCCCAGGCCAUGGGAGCUUGUGAUGAGGCCCAAAGGCUGCCCUGCUCAGGGGCCUGUGGCUAGCUUGGCUGUUGAAUCACUAUAAUGAUCACCUAGGCCCAGGUGUGUUGCAUUGAGGUCAGGGGAGCUCUUCUGGGUCUGCAGUGGGAGAGCUCUGGCCCUUACACAGCUGGCUUGCCUCCCUCCAUCACCCUUAACUGGGUUCCCAGGAGAAUUCUCUCCCUCUGUCCUGCCACCACCAGACCAGCAGGCUCCUGCUAUGUCGCCUCCAGGGCCCCAUAUGGCUCCAACAAACUGGGUCCCUCCACCAAGUGCAGCACUCCUGGCACAUGAGGAUAUGAACCUCCAGCGGGGUACAUCACUGCAUGGAUCACCUCGAUCCACGAGGUGCUGAGGCCUGGGGUUCUGAACAAGAGCCUGAGCAUGGCAGCAUGUGCAGGCCUCCACCAGACGGUGCCAGCUCGGCUUGCUGUGCCUGGGCCUGUCCGCUCUCCAGAUCCAGCAGGGACCCUUUGAUAUGGCCUGCGAACACACUCCCCCUUUCCCUCCCAGCAUUGAGCUUGGAAAGCAGGUGCUCCGGAGCUGCUGGCCACCCUUGCAGCUGUGCAUCCACAACAGACUAACUUAAGGAACUCCAUAAAGUUUUCACUUUUCUAAGCGGCUUUGGGUGGGAUCAUUUCUUGCUGGCACCGAGGCAAGAGCCCCACUGCGGGUGGGGAGAGGUUACUGAUCACACACUCACUGAGGCCUGGGCGCUGGGCCAGAGGGCACGAGGGAUGGCUGGGGACAUCUCCUCUUACCAUGAGUAGCAUCUUGCAGCCUAUGCCUCUAGAGCCG